AUGCUGAGUGAUCAGUAUAAGCAAAAAACAUAUUCUACCAAACUGAACACAUUGCCACAGACUGUGAUCCUGAUUUACAAAUUAGUAAAACACAGAACAAAAUCAGAAUUACCCGUAAUUACUUAUACUCACAAUUCUGGAGACACAGUCGUUACGCUCAGACGCUGCCACCAAACGAGGCCUCUUAAGACACGUAGCAACUCCGGCGAAGAGAACGCGGAACCGGAAGAGACGCCUGCGCAAGAAGUGCACACUUCCGAGUUUCAACUGCGCCACGUGGGUCUCUUUCUACGUAUGUCGUGUCUAAACAUUGGUUUCUUUAGUUACAGAGCUUAUAAGCCACUCCUACUAACUGACCUUAAAACUUCCCAUUUUUAUCCAGCUAAAUCAACAUUUUUCUUCAUCAUGGGAUCAAGUAAUCUUCCAAGGUUCAGGUCUGAUCUCAGUUUUACAAAUUCUGAAGAUCGUCUUUUCCUCCGGGAAUCAUUAGAAACUGUAGUCAGCUCCUUUUCACUUACUCCAAAUGGCAUCUGUAUAGAAGAGGCAGACAGUGAGCUUCAGGAAGAUGCAUGGAAUGAGAACAAUUUGGAGAAUUGUAAUGGGGAAAAUAUGGAACAAUUACAGAAUAAUAGCAAAGAAAUAGAAUACGAAAACCUUUAUAUAUCGGAUGAGGUAAGGAAUCAAAUCAAUGGAAACAAUAAAAAGGCUUUGAAAGCCCUAGCUAAAGCUGAACUUCAAAAAGCCAUUGAUCUGUUCUCUGAAGCUAUUGAGUUGAACCCAAGCAUUUCCAGUUCUUACAUCAACCGUGCCAAUGUCUAUAUGCAAUUGCAAAAACCAAAUGCUGCUAUUAAAGACUGCAACAUGGCCAUUGAACUGAAUCCCAAAUCAGCAGAACCAUUAAAAUUGAGAGGAAAAGCAUUCAAGGAAUUAGGCUGUUUAAAAAAAGCAGCCUGUGAUUUUGCUUUAGCUUCUAAGUUAGAAUAUGACAAAGAGGCCAAUUCAGUACUAAAGCAAUUAAAAUCAGGAUUUCAAAGAAUUUCUGAAAGGCAAGCAAAGUGCAUCCUUACAUAUAAGGAAUCUGAGAUACUGGAGAAGAUUAAGAAAGCACAGGUAAUUUUAGAGGAUCAAAAACAAGACCAGAGAGAGAAAAGUAUUAGCAUUGAACUGGAGAACAAAGUAGUAAGGAACAAAGAAGAGAAAAUGAAGCUAGACCAUAAUAAAGAUUCCCAAGAAAUAACAGAUGAAAAUAUGGAGACAGAUGAGAAGUGGAAGCAGGCCAGUGAAAACAAAAAAGCAGCUUUGGAUGCCUUGGAGAAAGGUGAAUAUCAAAAAGCAGCUGAAUUAUUCACCAAAGCUAUCAAACUAAACCCCCAUCUUACUAAUUUGUAUGUUUGCCGAGCCAGUACUUUUCUGAAACUUCAUAUGCCAAUUGCUGCCAUAAAGGACUGUAACAAUGCCAUAAAAUUAAAUCCUAAUAUGGCCUUAUCAUACAAGUGCCGUGGAGAGGCAUUUUGUAUGUUAGGUUAUUGGCAGGAGGCUACUAAAGAUUUCUCUGUGUCCUGUCAACUGGAUUAUGAUGAAGAUACUUAUGCCAAGAUGAAAGAACUACAAAGAGAAGAUGACAAAAUAAUUAAAUGGUGGGAAAAGCCAGAGGAAAGAAGUAACCAGGGAGAGAAGAUGAGCAAAAUGAAAGAAGCUCCUGGGAAAAUACAAGUAAAUAGUCCUCAAGAUAAAUCAGUUAUUCAUGAGUCUUGCAUACAAGAACAGGACACAGGAACAUUUCACAUUUCUGAAGAAAAGACAAUUCUGCAUAAUUCCCAAAACUAUAAAAUAUUUCCUCUUUAUUGUUCAGAAGAUCAAAAUGAAACUUAUCCCAUGUCUGCAGUACAAGAACAAGAUCAGUUUAUGGAUUAUGAAAAACAAGAACAUACUGAACUGCAUGAAAGAAGGGCUCAGAAAGGACCUAUGAGGAAACAAAAAUAUGAAACUGAGUCAGAAAGUGAAGACAGUGAAUUGGAAAUUGAUACUGAAGAGGUUAUUGAGUCAGAUGAAGAUCUUCCUCAGGAGAUGGGAAAUGAAAACUUGAAAGUAACUGAUGAAAUGCAAAAACUAGCUAAUGAAAAGAAAAGAGAAGCUUUUGAUGCCGUCAAUAAAGGAGAACUUUUUAAAGCUUUAGAUUUGUUCACAGAAGCUAUUAAGCUUAAUCCACAUCUUACUAUCUUAUAUGCAAACCGAGCCAGGGUCUAUUUGAAGCUACAAAAGCCAACUGCUGCAAUUAGGGACUGUGAUAAAGCCAUACAAAUAAAUCCUGACUCAGCCCAGCCCUACAAGUGGCGAGGAAAAGCACUGCAAAUACUUGGUUACUGGCAAAAGGCAGCUAAAGACCUUGCCUUAGCAUGCCAGUUAGAUUACGAUGAAGAAUCCUAUGCUUUGCUAAAAGAAGUACAACUAAAGGCCCAGAAAAUUGCAAGACUCAGGAGGAAGCAGGAACAGAAAGUUGACGAAAAGAAGGAUAAGGCUCUUUUGAGUGAACUUCAAGAAACUUGUAAGAAGCAUGAAAGAUCUCAAAUGACAUCUGAAGAACUAGGAAGAAAUGACAAGGAAACUGUAGAGGAAUGGAGAGAAAAUUGGGGGGAAAACACCAAAGAACAACCAAAAGUAAGUCAAAUAGUUCUGACAAAACAGAGGUGUAUGGCCCAAGGCAACAUAGGUAGAUGUUUUCAGGAAAGCAAAAGGAAACAAGAAGAAGAAGAACAAGAAGAAGAACAAGAAGAAGAAAAAUUCCAAGAUAAUUUACUGAAAGAACAAGUGAACCUUAAGCAGAAGGAUAUGAAACACCAAGGAGUCCAUCAAAAUGAGUUAGAGGAACAAUUAAGAGCUCUUCAGCAAGAAUUGGAUGAAAAGCUCAGAAGUUAUCGAGAAGAAACUGAUGAAGAAGAAAACACUUUACAGAGAUUAUUAGAUGAGCAGGAAAAAUCACAGCAAAAGGCACUCUGUGAACAAGAACAAACUUUUAAAAUAAUCCUGGAAGAACAAGAAAAAAUACAGAAGGCAGCUCUGAGGGAACUGGCCAGAGCUCAACAAGAGGCUUUAGAGGAGCUUGAAAAGGCUACAAAGAAAGCCCUGGAAGAACAAGAGAGAGUUCAGCAGCAGGCUCUUGAAGAACAGGAAAGAGCACAGGAGGCCCUGGACACUCUGGAAAGAGCACAUAAAAAGUCUCUGGAGGAACAAAAAAAAGUCCUUAUAGCUGCAAUAGAAGAACAGGAGCAUGCUCAGAGAAAGUCACAGGAAGAAAAAAGAAUGGCUGAGGAAGCUUUAGAAAACCUGACAGAAGCUCAAAGAAAGAUCCAAAAACAGCAGGAAAGAGCUGAGAGGCAAGCUAAAGAAGAAAGAGAGAAAGCACAAAAAGCUUUAGAAGAAUUAGAGAUUGCUCAGAAAAAGGCUUUGGAAGAUCAGGAAAAAGCUCAACAAACUCUGGAAGCUGUAGAAAGAGCCCACAGACAGGCUUUAGAGGAACAAAGAAAGAUUCAGAUGGCUGCUAUAGAAGAACAACAGCAAGCAAGAGAAAGUUAUCUAGAAGAAAAAAAAAUGGCUGAAGCCACCAUGAAACAACUUUUAAGGAUGCAAAAAGAAUUUCAAGAGGAACAAGAACGUUCAGAAAAGAAAGCAGUAAAAGAGAGAGAGAGAGCUCAGAAAGCUGUAGAACUGGAAAUUGCUAAAAAGGUGGCCUUAGAAGAACAAGCAAGAGCUCAAAAAGCUCUAGAAGCUUUAGAAAAAUCUCAUAUGUGGGCAUUAGGCCAACAGAAGAGAGCACAGGAAAAUACUCUAAAAGAAAAGAUGAUGGAAGAAAAGAUGGCUGAAGUAGCCCUGGAAGAGCUUUUCAGGAAUCAGAAAAAGACCCAAGAAGAGCAGGUGAGUGCUCAGAUAAAAGUGAUGGAAGAAAAGGAAACUAUACAAAAAACCCUAAAAGAGGUAGAACUUGCUCAAAAAAUGGCUAUGGAGGAACAGGAAAGAGCAGCAAAAGCUCUGGAAGCUGUGGAAAAAGCUCAUAAACAGGCACUGGAGGAACAGAAGAAAGCUCAGAUGGCUGCCAUAGAAGAACAAGAAAAACUGAGGAAAAGGUCUGAAGAAGAAAAGAAGAUGGCUGAAGCUGCCCUAGAAGAAGUUUUCAAAACUCAAAGAAAACUCCAAGAAGAACAGCAAAAAGCUGAAAAAAUAGCAAUGGAAGAGAGAGAGAAAGCUCAGAAGACCCUAGAAGAAUUGCAAACUAUUAAAAAAAAAGCCUUUGAGGAACAGAAACAAGCUCAGAAGGCUUUGAAAGAGGUAGAAAUAGCUCAUCAACAGGCUAUGGAAGAGCAGAAGAAGGCUCAUCUGGAAGCCAUGAAGGAACAGGAGCAAGGAUGGGAAAAAAUGCAAGAAGAAAAGAAGAGGAUGGAGGCAACUCUGGAAGAGCUUAUAAGGACACAGCAACAGUUCCAAAAAGAGCAGGAAAUGGCUGAAGAGAAAGCAGUACAAGAAAAACAGAUAGCUCAAAAGACCCUCAGAGAAUUAGAGAUUGCUCAAAAACAAGCUCUUGAAGAACAAAUAAGAGCUCAGAAAGCUUUGGAAAAUAUAGAAAAAGCUCAUAAACAGGAAUUGGAGAAAGAAUGGGAAAAAAUGCAAGAAGAAAAGAAAAAGAUGGAGGCAGCUCUGGAAGACUUUUUAAGGACACAGCAACAGUUCCAAAAGGAACAGGAAAUGGCUGAAGAAAAAACAAUACAAGAAAAACAGAUAGCUCAGAAGACUCUCAGAGAAGUAGAGAUUGCUCAAAAACAGGCUCUUGAAGAACAAACAAGAGCUCAGAAAGCUUUGGAAGAUGUAGAAAAAGCUCAUAAACAGGCUCUGGAAGAGCAGAAGAAAGCCCUAGAAGAAUUGCAGAUUGAACAGAAGAAAGCCAUAGAGGAACAGACAAAAGCUCAGAAAGCUCUGGAAGCUCUUGAAAAAGUUCAAAAAGAGGGCCUGGAAGAUCAGAUGAAAGCUAAAAUGGCUGCCAUUGAUGAGCAGGAGCAAGCAUGGAAGAAAUCCCAAGAAGAAAAAAGGAUGGCUGAAGCUGCUUUGGAAAAUGUUUUAAGAGCUCAGAAAAAACUUCAAGAAGAGCAGGAAAAUGCCGGGAAAAAAAUUAUGGAAGAAAAAGAGAGUAUACAGAAUGGCCUCAAAGAAUUAGCAGUUGCUCAAAAGAAAGCACUGGAGGAACAAGAAAAAGCUCAGAGUGCUCUAGCAACUAUAGAAAGAUCUCAUAAAAUGGCCCUGGAAGAUCAAAGAAGAACUCAGAUAGCAACAAUGGAAGAACAAGAACAAACAAGAAAAAAAAUUCAAGAAGAAAAAAAGAUAGCUGAAGCAACCUUGGAUGAACUUUUAAAAACUCAGAGGAGGUUCCAAGAAGAGAAGAAAAUGGCUGAGAAAAAAAAUAUGGAAGAAAGAAAAAUAAUUCAGGUUGCCCUUGCAGAGUUAAAAAUAGCUCAAAAAAAGGCUCAGGAGGAACAGGAAAGGGCUCAGAAAGCGUUGGAGGUUGCAGAAACAGCCCAUAAAUGUGCCCUGCAUGAACAGAAGACUGCUCAGUUAGCUAUUCAAGAACAAGAGCAAGCAUGGAAAAAAUCACAAGAAGAAAAGGAAAUAGCUGAGGCAAAACUACAAGAACUCUUAAGGGCCCAGAAAACUUUCCAAGAGGAACAGGAGAAAGCAGAAAAGAAAGAAAGAGAAGAAAGAGAAAACUUUCAAAGAAACAUUAAAAAAUUAGAAGAAGUCCAGAAGAGAGCUCAGGAGGAACAGGAGAAGGCCCAGACAUCUCAGCAUGCUCUAGAAAUUGCCCAUAAACAGGUACUAGAGGAACAGAAGAAGGCUCGUUUGGCUGCCAUUAUGGAACAGGAACAAGCACAGAAAAAAUCUCAGGAAGAAAAGAAAAUGGCUGAAGCAGCCCUAGAAAAUCUCUUGAAACAAGUACAAAAAGAGCAAGAAACAGCUGAGAGAAAGGCAUUAGAAGAAAGAGAGAAAGCUAAGACAAUGCUAAAAGAAUUAGACAUUAUUCAGAAGAAGGCCUUAGAGAAUAUAUUGGCAGCUAAAAAGGAGAGUCUGGAAGAUCAGAAAAGAGCUCAAAACGCAUUGGACAGUCUGGAAAAAACUCAUAAGCAGGCAUUAGAAGAACAGAAAAAUGCUCAAAGGAAAUCUCAGGAUGAAAGAAAGAUGGUUGAGGCUGCUUUGGAAGAAUUAUCAAAAGCUCAGAAAAAAAUCAAGGAAGAGCAGCAUUCAGCAGAGCAGAAAGCAAUUAAAGAGAGAGAGAUAAUACAGAAGGCCUUAGAAGAACUAGAAAUUGCACGGAAGAAAGCCCUGGAAGAAAAGGAGAAUGCUCAGAUAGCUCUGGAGGCUCUGGAAAGAACUCAUAAACAAAUACUGGAGAAAGAAGAAAAAGCACAAAAAAAAUCUCAAGAAGAAAAGCAGUUGACUGAGGCUGCUCUGGGAGAACUUAUAAGAACUCAGAGAAAGUUUCAAGAAGAACAAGAAAGGGCUGAAAAAAAAGCCAAGGAAGAAAGGGGAAAAGUGCAGAAGUCUCUAGAAGAAUUAGACAUUGCUCAAAAGAAAGCUCUAGAGGACUUGGCAAUAGCUCAAAAGAUGGCCAUGGAGGAAAAUGAAAGAGCACAGCAGAGGGUAUUAGAAGAAAAAAGGGCAAUACAACUGGCUAUGAAAAAGCUGGAGACAGCACAUGCUAAAGCCAUAGAGGAACAACAGAUAGCACAGAGAUUGGCCUUUGAAGAACAGCAGAGAACUAAGGAGAUAUUUGCUGAACUAGAAAAAUCACGAAGAAAAGCCCUGGAAGACCAAGAAGAAGCAAAAAGGAACGCCAUAGAUGAACAAGUAAGAGCUCAUCAUGCUAUAAAUGAAUUGGCCAAGAUUCAAAGGGAAGUUUUGGAAGAACAAGAGCAAGCUCAGAAGAUUGCUUUAGCAGAACAGCACAAGGCUGAGAUGAUGCUUAAGGAGUUGGAAGAAAGACAGAGAAUAGCCCUGAAUGAUCAGCAAAAAACAUGGAUGAAAGACUUUGAUGAUAAAAAAAAAGCUCAUUUUACUUUCGGGGAAUUUGCAAAGACUCAAAUGUUGGAACAGGAGAAUGCUCAUAAUAAUACAGCAGAUGAGCAGAAGGAAGCUCAUAAAGCUAGCGAGCUGGAGAAAGCACAGAAUCAAAUAUUGGAAAAAAACCAGUAUAAAUAUGUAGCACAAGUUUCAGAGUCUGUUCUUAAAACAAUGAAUGAAGAAGGCACUGCCGUAUGUGAUGGUGAAUUUGAAGAAGCACAAAAGAAAGACUUGAUCAUAGUUGGUGGUAAAAAGUUCUGUAUGGAACCAGGAAAAUUUUUUAGGGAUUUAGACAAGAAGGAAUACCAGCAAUACCUUAGAAACAGAGGAUAUGACAAAAAUUCUCGAAGACCACUCCCAAACUCUGUCUUGGACUUUUUCCCAAACUGA